AUGUCGAUAUCUGUGACCUCAAGUGGAAUACCGUUAUUAGGAUUCUCAACCGGAAACAUUUUUACGUUUUCACUGGAUAUGAAUUGCUGGCAAAUAGUGGACUCAAUGUCACCGUUGAUGAAGCUCUGCGAUUCCAUAGAUGCUGACGAACUACCUGAUGGACCAAUAGGGAAGCUGUUGAAGCGGCGGAAAAGGCCUGGGCUUCUACCGUCAAUACCGCGAGGAGUUUCGUCGUCAGUAAAAGAGUCAUUGCUGGAAGGAUGGCUUCUAGCGGCCAAGACAACCGGUAGCUCCACGGAUUUCCGUGGCUUGUUGAUGAGCUACGUACAGCAGCUCGUCAGAAACAGAUCGCUCUCCAAGCUGACCGACGUUCUUCAUGACCUAAGUGAACCGGGAAGCAUUUGUGGUGUGCAACGCGGUGCUCUGCGGGCAGAUUUGGAGCGUAUCAUAGCCUCAGAUCCAAUAACGGCAUCACUUUUAUCGUCAAAGGAUCUUACUAGUUUGGUGUUCUAG